UCUGUUCCUCUUGCCUCUCUUUUCACCAAGCUAGCGUUCACUCUCAACUGCUCUUUGAACGAAAUAAGUUAGUAAUGGUGGUUCUCAAAUCUUUACGUAUGUAAGGAUGGAUUCUAAAGCAAAGAGCUAUGAAUUGGCUUCAAAUCCCUCCGAAACUGUGUUUGACGCAAUUCAAGAUUUCUACAACCGAAGUGUGUUUACUGACUUGAAAUUUUUUGGCUAUGGACAUAAUUCGGAUUAUACCGAAGGCAUUGGAUGCCAUAAACUUGUGUUGGAAUCGGUUUCAGGUGUAUUCCAACAAGUGUUAUGCGAGGAUACGGAUCAAAUCUACUUGCCCGACGUCUCCCAUGAAGACGUCAAGCGAUUUCUAGAUUCAAUUUACCAAAAUAUUUGCUCCAAAAAGGAGCCGGAUUGGGAUGACAGCGAUCCCGAUCUUCUUGCAUUUUUUCGUAUUCCUUUUGACUUCGAGAGCAUUUCAAUGAUCCGAAAAGUGGAGCAAUUGGAAGAAAAUCGUCCUUUGAAAGGAGAACGGCGUCAAAAAUGGGUGAAGCAUAAUUUUACAACACCCAAGAAGCCGAUCGAAUUCCGAGAAAUACACACGCAAAGCUCCAUUGAAUUGAAAUAUGCUUGGGACUCUAUAUUGUUUGAGACUGCCACCGAUCAGGGGUUCUCAAGCAAUUUUGAAGAAGAUCAUCAAGGAUUAAAGCGGCGAAAAAAAACCAUUCCAAGAGCAGAGAACAAAUCACCAUCAUGGAGAAAAAAGCAAAAGAAACAAUCACUUUGUGUGGAGGCUCUCAAAUCUAUGAUCAAUAGUCGGGAAGGUACCUUGGAGAUCACGGAAAGCAUUCCACCAAUGAAGGUAGAGGCGUCAUUUAGUGAGAUCAAGAACUUGACCCACAUCAAGGACUCCUUCCACGUGUUGAUGGGUAUACAUGAGGAUGAGCUCGGGUUCACUGGCAAACCUUUAGCCUGGACAGAACCAGACACUCCUAAUGAUGUGGCCAAGCAAUUUGAUGAUUCAAUCCAUGUAUUCUCUAACGUCUUCGGACUGAGUGAAGCUGAUCUACUCUCGGGACCUCACCUAUUACGGCGACAAGCGGGAAAAACUCCCAUGAGCAACACUUCGGACUUGCAGAAACGAUUGUACAACAAAGCCACGAGAAGAGAGCUUGAGGACGAGUUGAAAGAUCGGCAAUUGUUGGCGGCUUAUGCCGCACCUUCCAUGACCUAUCAGGCCAUCACUUUACCCAAGACCGGCUGGAAUAUUGAUUUGCAGCCUACAUUAAGCUUGUACCAUGACGUGGUGCUUAUUUGCAUUCAUACACUUGGCGUCGAAUGCCGACAGAUUCAGUUCAUCCGAGAUGACUCAGAUUUGUUUAGCUCGGUUUUAACACGAGUCUUGUAUUUAGUUUGGAGUGGCGGGCUUCAGGGGUCCAAAAUCCCGCGGAGCGAUCACAUCAUUGACCGCUAUCUCCGAAUGAAAAGGAUCACCUACAUCAAGAAGACGGCCGAAACCCUCUUGGCCACUGAAGGAGAUCUACCGCGAAAACUGCCAACCUUCACAUGUGAUAUCUGCGGUGAGAGUAUCCAAGAAAACGCCCAUGGGACUGAGAGAGCCAUGCACAAACGGAAGCACACCAUUGAGAACAUGGAGUGUAGUUGCCAGUUGGGCGAGAUGAGCUUUGAUGAGAAAAAACGGCAUUAUUUACUGGUUCAUUCUGGUUGGAAAGUGGAACAAUGCUCAUUAUGCAAGUGGGUUGGAUCGAAGGAUGCCAUGGAACGCCAUAAAGUCAGUGUUCACAAGAAAGUCAUGUGCGAUGAGUGUGGGAAGCUCUGCUUUAAUGCCGAGAAGCUCAAGACGCAUCGGCAAAACAUGCACAAGAUGUUUCAGUGCAAGGAGUGCAUGGAGGACUUUGAAGGCUUUUCUAAGCUCAAGCAUCACUUGGGGCGAUUCCAUGGAGGAGGCGAGGAGCUCUUGGAACAACAUCGAAAUGCAACCAAGUCAGAGAACAGGAGAGGGAAGACACAACAUGCGAAAUCGACCGAGUCUGCACAAUUUCCUUGUGAACAGUGCCGAAAGACGUUCAAGUUGGAGAAGAAUCUCAAAUCCCACCUCAAGACAACCCAUGAAACCGAACUGGAUUUACCCUUCCAGUGCAAGAAAUGUGCCAAACGAUUCAUUGUAAAGCACAAACUGAAAUAUCAUCUCAUGAAUGUGCACAUUCGGAGUCGACCAUUUGCUUGUCGCUACGAAGGCUGUUCAUCCAACUUUAACAACCAAAGCAAUCUCCGUCAACAUGAAAUGAAAAUUCAUGGAGGAGUCCACGGACGCGUGGCAAGUAUCAACGAUUUCGUGUCCGAUGAAGCCAUGCUCAAUCUGGCCGAGGUCAUUAAACCCAGUCAUCCCGAACAUUCGGGGUCUUAACAAGCGCUUAUCACCAGUAUUUAGGGCUAAUUCAAUUCCAUCAUUGCGCCUUUUUUUUGCCUAAAACAGCCAAAUAUUCUUGAGUCAACGAACCAGAAGAAUUGUAACAGAGUUGACAUGAAUCUCUGUUGAGGUGAAAUGAAGAUAUCAUGAUUUCUUAACUGCGUAUAAAAAAAUCUACUCCCCCUCGUCUAUGUGACAAAUAAAUAAACUGUCUUACC